AUGGCCCAAUCAGACCUUACACUCGAGAGCCUUGCCGCUCGUGUUGUUGGUUUGACAACUACUCUGACCACUGCGCUUCAGGAACGCAACAGUCCGCAGCCAUCAUUCUCUGAAGAUGCUCCCGACCUCCUUUCGCCUGCUCCCGAGGUGCAGGGUCCUCGAUUGCAGCUUGUCGAAACUCUGACGAAGAUGCUACAUCUAGCUACUGGGCCAACUGAAUACUUGAUCCAGCAGUGUCUUUUUCCGAAUGCCGACGGACUGAUACUGGACUUUCUCAAUCGUUUCGAUAUCUGGCAUCUUGUCCCGCUAAACGGUUCUAGCAGCUAUGCUGAGAUUGCCGCUGCUAUCCAGCUUCCCGAAGUGACAGUCCGUCGGUUCUUGAAGCAAGCGCUCACCAUGUUCUUUUUCCUUGAAGAAGCGCCCGGAUCAGAUCGUAUCGUGCAUUCAGCAGCAUCUGCUUACGUUGCUCGCGACGCCGCCAGAAGUGCAUUCAUAGGACACUGCAUGGAAGACGUGCGUCCCGCUGCUACAGUCGGAGUAGACGCUCUCCAGAAGUUUUACGUCGGACAUAAAACACAUAGCGAGGAAGAAGAGCAUUGUCCCCAAUAUUUGGCAAGCGACAGAGGGAAGCGAUUCGCUUUAGCCAUGAAGGCAUUAUCUCAGACGCAACUGACGGCUCAGGUACUCGAAAAGUUUGACUGGGAGAGUCUUGGAAAUGCCACUGUGGUAGAUGUUGGCGGAUCGACGGGACACAUCAGUCUUCUACUUGCAAAAGCCCAUCCUAAGCUGAAACUGAUUGUUCAAGACUUUCCAGAUGUCGAACCCAGUUUUAAUGAGGUAAUAACUUCAACCGAACACGCAUCACGCAUCUCAUUCAAUGCGUACAAUUUCUUCGAACCACAAACUCUCACAGCCGAUGCCUAUCUAUUUAAGUCGAUUUUCCAUGACUGGUCCGACAAAUACGUAGUGCAGAUCUUACGGAACUUACUUCCGGUGCUCAAGUCUGGAGUGCACAUCAUCAUUUUUGACAAUAUUAUUCCCCCAGAUCAUGAUGAGCAAGGCAAGCCCGUAGUACCGCUCUCAACCCGAAGACUUCUCGGAGCUGUCGAUUUACAGAUGUUUGUAAACCACAAUUCGAAAGAGCGCAAGGCGUCAGAUUGGACUGAAGUCGUCAAGCGUGCUGAUAGUCGCUUUGACCUGAAAGGGUUCUAUACUGUGGUCGGAUCACCAAUGGGGAUCAUCGACAUUGUCUUCAACGCAUAG